UUGGACUCUUGUCUCGCCAAUCACGCAGAGUGCAACGCUGGUUUGGAUUCCUCUCCGCUGCCUACCAGAGUCAUCGAUGUAGGCAUAAGUUUUGGUGACGGCGACCCGGUCAAAGUUCUGGAAACCAACGGCCUAAGUGGAAAGUACUUGACGCUCAGUCACUGCUGGGGCGACCCUGAUCUCAUGCCGACGAAACUCACAGCGCGCACCCUUGAAGAAUACAAGAAGGGAGUCCCUUACGACUCGCUUCCGCGGACCUUUCAAGACGCAGUCACGUUCACCAGGAAGAUGGGAAUUCACUAUCUCUGGAUCGACUCUCUUUGCAUCAUUCAGCCUGAAUGUGGCCAAGACAGCAAACUCUCGGACCAAGACUGGGAACAAGAGAUUGGCCGCAUGAACGAUGUGUACAGAAACUCGCACCUCACACUCGCCGCUGCGACUUCUACGUCAUGCACCGGCGGGCUCCUGUUCGAGACAAAGACCACCGACAUCAGCGUUCCCGGGGCCGCUGCCAAAGACGCCGAGCCCUACCAGAUCUUUGCCCGCAAAAAGUCAAAGCACCUGCAAUCUAACUGGGCCCUCAUGAAGCGCGGCUGGGUCGCUCAAGAGUACUUUCUCUCGCCCCGGACCCUCCUCUUCACCGACACCGAACUGGUUUGGCGCUGCCGCAAGCACCACACCUGCCAAUGCAGAGCGGGCCCGGCCUCCCAAUCGCCCUGGGAAUAUACCAAGCUACUGGAGCCAACCGUCUUACAUCCCACGCGAGACGAGCUCGCGAGGCUGUGGUACAUCUUCAUCAACAGCUACUCGGUAGCGUCGCUGUCCUUCCAGACGGACAAACUCGCCGCCGUCGACGGCAUCGUCCAGUACAUGCGUCCGCUGCGAAACAGUGAGAACAUUGCAGGCUUGUGGGCCGACACGUUUGCGUUAGACUUGCUCUGGAUGCCCAGCACAAAGGCCAAGAGGCGCAGACCUGUCUGGAGUACCCCCGAGCAUCUUUUUCCCACGUGGAGCUGGGCUUCGGUUCCUUACAGUGUCUGUUGGCCGGGCAGCGUCAACUACCCCUACCCGUUACCCAAAGUCCCUCUUCCACAAGGUACACUUGUGACGCUCGUCGACCAAGACAGGCGGGCCGGAACCCCAGCAAACCGGGUCACGAUACGAGGGACUCUGGUCACAGCUACACUGGGCGAAGUUCGGAAGAAUCCGGAAGGAAAAAAGGUGUGGUAUCAUUCCGAUUGCGAGGACGACGAUGUCUUAGGAGACGACACCGUGGUUCAUUGCUUGAGGGCUUCCUGA